GUCCUUCCGGGUUCGAAAAAGAGGCCACACAAACCGAAUCUAGGGCUAGCUCCUCAGCCGGCCAAUACCAUGGGGGACGGCCGCCGCCGCCGCCGCCGCCGCCGCCGCCGCCGCCGCCAACGCAAGCAGAAUCCUCAGAGCAAAUCGGCGGCGGAGGACAAGGCCGACGCCAUCCCGGACGAGCUUCUCUGCCUGGUGUUCCUUUGCCUCACCUCGCCCGUCGACCUCGUGCGCGCCGCGUCCGCCUGCAGGCGCUGGCGCCGCGCCAUCGCGUCGGACGUCUUCCGCGUCGUCUGCUCUCAGCACGGCGCGCCACCCUCCCACGUCGUUGGCCACUACAGCGUCGACGAGCCCCUCCUCACCACGCGUCCGCCCGGGCGCUAUCCUCACUUCGUUCCCUCCUCGUCAACACCUUGGAAGGAGGUCGUCGCCCCAGGGUUCCUGGAGCUCGACUUCCUCCCGCCGACGGAAUACGGCGAGUCCAAGUGGGAGCUGGCCGACGUCCGGGGCGGGCUCCUGCUCCUUGCGCGCUUCAGCGCCACACACGACUUGGCGUCGCCGUUAGGUCUCGUCGUCUGCGACCCCCUCGCACGGCGCUACAAGACGGUCCCUGCCUCGGCGUGGUUCCGCGGCCGAUGCUAUUUCCUGGGCUCCUUCCUCCUCGACGGCGAGGACGACGCGGCAGGUGCGCGCAUCAGCUUGUCAAAUUUUAGGGCCACGUGCGUGAUCUAUCGUGAUGGCAUUGCCAAGGCGUACGCGUUCUCGUCCGCCGGUGGUGGCCGUUGGACCUCCUCCGCGCAUGGCAGCACGGUGGUAUUCCGCAACGACUACUGGACGGCCCCGGCGCUGGCCAUCUUCGCAGGGAGCACCGCGGGGUGCGCCUACUGGACGGUUGUGAACCGUGAUGUUGCUCUUGCUCUCGACAAAGAGGCCGGCGAGCUCUCGUCGUGCGUCUUGCCAGAAGCGCUCCGGGGCAAGCCUCCAUCUCAGGAUUACGCGUACGAGUUGCCUUGGCCACCUACCAUCCGAGCUUGCUUAUGAUGGGCUAGCUGCCUUGGUGAGAUCCGAUUUGCUUUGCCGUUCGAUGUGAUGGUCAUGGAGAAUCAGUUGUACUGAUAUAUUCCCUUAUGUGAGCUUGUCAUCGACCUACACCUCGCGUGUGUUCGUGAUCGUUUUGUACUGUAUUUCGGUUCAUCGUAUUGUUCUGUUGCUGUUUUAAACAUUUAUCUCGUCUUAAGCUUAUGUUUUGUAAAACUGAACUUGUUUGUUUUAGAGAAGCUCAGCCGACCGUGAAGUAUGUAAGCCGAUUAUACUUGUAAUGAUGGGGGUUUACCAAUGAAGUAUCAGCCACCACCCCCUGGGUGUCAUCAUACACACUAGGGUUUGGGCGCGAAGCUCUUGAGCUGUUAAAGCGCGCUGAGAUUCCAAGGUUUGGCCCACCUGUUUGCUUCAUGCACAUAUGGCCCCCUUUUAGCUUCUCCAGAAGUCAGCUUCAACGGAAUUUCUGAGGGAUGCUGGUGUCACAUGAAGCUCCGUGAAGUUUUUUUGUCCCCUUCUUUUCAGCUUAUGGAAAUACAACUUUUGAGUAGAAAAAGACUGUGGUGCCCUUUGACAUCAAUUGCAUCAAGUUUACUGUUAA